UUUAUCAACAUUCAACAGUUAUUUGCAAUUGUUAUUAUUAUUAUGUUUGUGAAUUUAAAAACGUUUCACUUUCUACUAUAAUUCACUUUGGUGUUCGAUGUUAAUAUCGUCUAGUCUCAUGUUAUUUACAUUUUAGAAUUUGUAAUUCUUAGUUAUUUGAGACGCAAUGUCAUCUAGCAGUAAUGACGAAUUGGACAUGACGUCACCCUCAUUCAAUCCGACCAAAGCACUGUAUUCUAAAAAUGUAAAAAUGCUUAGCGAUACAGCUCAACCACUAGAUAACAUUUCAAAAUUUGAACUGACUGCUUCUGGAGAAGUUAAAAUCAAAGCAGAAAAACCUAGAAAACUCAAUGAAUACCAUACCGAAGCUGAACCGAUAGAACGUGAUUUAAGUAGAGUCGCUAGUACAUCUCAAACAACUCUAUUACGAAGGAAAUUUAAACCGAGACGCACUGUAUUAGCACGUAUGUCAGAAAUCUCUAAAUCUCGUGGGCCAUUAUCACGUAUUGCCACAUUUUGUCAUAGAAAACAACGGGUUAAAGUUUAUACACGGUCAGCUGCAUCUGUUAGAGGUCAUUGUGAAGGGUACAUUUCUGCUUUUGACAAACACUGGAACUUAGUCAUGGAUGAUGUAGAUGAAGUAUGGACAAGAAAAAACAAAUACAAAUCAUUAGCUAUCGGUAACUCAAUAAAAAUGGACCCGGUGGAGAAACCUUACACCGUUAUCAGAAGGAUUCGAGGACACCAGGUAUGCCGAAGGCAUAUACCGCGAUUUUUGAUACGAGGGGAACAAAUAGUUUUAGUGGCCAAAUGUUUCAAUUGAAAAAAAAAACAAAUCAAUAUUA